CGGCGGCUGCGGCCAGGGCCAGCCGGCCGGCCACCAGGGGGCGCUCGCCGGCGACCGAGCCGAGCUCGAGCGGCCCCGGCGCUGGAGAGGACACUCUCUUACGCACUCUCUGACAACCACUACUCUCACCAUUCCCCAGCUUCCGACUCAGCCGGCGUGCUCUGCCCCGGACUGAGCCCCCCAACGUCACAGGCGGGUUCUACCCCUGUGUGCGUGUGUACAUCAUAGAGUUAGUCUAAGUGCUGUAUUAUAGGGUACUGUGUAUUAGGGUAAUUAUACGUGUACUGUGUUGUGUGAAUAAAUACCUGUGCUCUACACCCGGUGUAUCGUCCUUCCCCCCGACACGUCAACUGGCGACGAGGUGAGCAUUUACUACGAACCGCUGGCGGCUUCGUUUUUAUCAAUAUUUUAAUUAUUUUAGACGUGUUGUUGUUUUAUCAAGAGUGCCCUCGCCAUAUCGGGUGUAGGUAAGGAAACCGGCGCGCAAAGCCACGGGGGCCUGUAUCACACUCGUGUCAGUCAGUAAGAAGGGAAGUCGUACCGGCGUGCAGACAGGCCACGGUACCGUAGUCAGUAGAUAAACAAUGGGCACCCCCCGAUUGCGGUUUGAUAACUUCCAACCUGGGGAGGAGCGCUGGGUGAACUACGAGCGCCGGCUCAGGUACGCGCUCGACUCCGCAGGGUUCGAAACAGAUGCGGCCAAAAAGAAGGCAUUUCUCGGGAUUGUGAACAAUAAGAUCUUUGACUCGAUCGAGCACACGCUCUACCCCCGUUCCUCCACGCUCGCGGACGUCACCUUUGAGGCGAUUGUCGACGCACUAAAGACAUGUUUUCAAACCUUAGAGCCCUCCCCAGUGGCAGCCGAACAAGAUUUCGGCAAUAGGGUGCAGCAAGAGGGGGAGACCGUAGAUGUAUGGCUGGCCGACUUGCGGCGCCUCGCGUCGAUUUGUGGGUUCAGUGCCGCGUCGCUGCCGGGGCGACUGCGAACGCAGCUGAUCAAAGGAACAACAGACGUGGAGGCGCGAGCUAAGCUCAUUAGGAAGGCGGAGAAUGCCACGUUAGAGAAGGUCGUUAGCACCCUUCGGAGCUACGAAAGGAGUAAGUUGGAGAUGGGACGUACGGGGCAAGGGCAGCCAAGCCAGCCGUGGGUGAUGGUGAACUCGGCGGCAGCCCUGUCGUCAACAAGCCAGCCGACCGCGCGCUCACAGCCAGGUCCGGCCAGGGCAACGCGCCUCAUGCCCAUGAUGGUGUGGGUGCCGGCCGACACAGCCGGCGCCGCGCAGGUCCAUAACGUAGAGCCAGACGACGAGGAGCCCCUCCCCGACCCCGACGCGCCAGUAGUGGAGCAGGUGUACGCCCUGCACAAUCGGUCAGGUGCCCCGUGCAAAGGGUGCGGAGCACAACAUGACCGCUCCGAGUGUCCAUACUGGCGAACAGUAUGCCAUGCAUGUCAACGCACUGGGCAUAUUUCGCGAGUCUGCGAAAGCACGACCCAGGGCCAGUCAGGCACGGGCCGACCCGGGGCGAAUACUCGAGGUAGGGGCCGGGGAUACGCGCCGCCAAGCCGCCCUUACGGGCGUGGGCGGGGCAAUCAACAAAACAGCAGGGGGCUGUCCCACAAUUACGUGGAACCAGACCCGGAGGAAGAGGCAGACGAAGUAGAAGUACAAGCAAUCGGGGUGGAACAGCAAUAUGAGUAUGGGGACGAAGAGGAAGACUUCCCUGACUUUUUGUUUCAUGUCAGAGCAGAGGCGAGCGAGCCGCAGACCACGGCCGGAGGGGCGGCACCGCCUGACGAGACCGGCGAGCAGAGAGCCACGGUCGCGGCGGGGCCUAAACCAACGGCAAAAGGAGUGGGGGCAAAGGCGCGAGCGUGGCUCGGCAGUGUACGCUCGCGGGUCAGCCGAGCGAUAACUACUAGGUUCGGGAGGUGCGGCGCGCAGACAGCCACGCACAGCAGCCCCGACGGCGAGCAGAAAGCCACGUCGGGAGUGCAAGGGCCUAAGCACACCAUGAUUGGGCUGAUGAGAACCGCGGGGGGAGCACCAUUCCGGAGCAGGGCACACCCCGGGCGCGCCACGCCGGGGAACAUCCUGAGCAAGGGCGCGAGGUAUACACCCAGCCCACCCCCGCACGGGUUGUCCGCACGUAUCGUGCCGCCGGCCAUGAGAGCCAUAGUGAACGCAGACGGGGCGGACAUCGACCUGGAAAUUGAUACAGGAGCGGGGGUGUCACUGGUAGGAGAGGACCUUUUCCAGAAACUGUGGCCGGAAAAAGAGAUAGGACCUAGCCCCCUACGCCUACGUGCAUACAACGGCUCAAGUGUACCGAUAAAGGGACAGGCCAAAGUGACAAUCAAGCAUAACAACGUCACAGCAGACGCUUGGUUAUGUGUCGCGGACGGCCCGGGGCCGGCACUGUUAGGCAGAGACUGGUUUAACCUUCUCCAAUUCAAGGUCGUUCAGGGAACGGUGCCGGAGAACAUACCGUGCUACCACAUGGGGAAAUUGACAGACGGGAAAGUGUGCCGUAGCACCUAUACCCAACAAUACUCCUGUUUCAAACCAGGCCUAGGCGCAUACACGGGAGAACCCGUACACCUCGAGGUCAACCCGGAGGUACGGCCGGUGCACGCUAAAUGCCGCCCGGUACCGUUUGCUAGGCGGGCCCAAGUAGCCAAGGAACUAGACCGUCUAGAGGGCCUGGGGAUUCUCACCCCCGUAAACACUAGUCAAUGGGCAACACCAGUAGUAAUCGUGGAGAAACCGGACGGGUCGCUACGGCUUUGCGGCGAUUAUAGGCUGACUAUAAACACCGCAUUAAGCCCAGACCCGUACCCGAUGACAACGUUGGAACAAGCGUUUGCCAGCUUAGCAGGAGGACAAACUUCACCAGCGGGAUCAAGACCAAAUACGGAUCCGCAGGACAGCCAGCAUGUCCUCUGACAGCGACGGAGAAGAAGAAACGCCUCGCACAGUCCGAUCCAUCAUUCGACAAGCUCAGCCUCCACCCCCGACGGCUCCCUCACCCGGUGCUACGGCGCGAGCACUUAGCCAGCCGCAGACCGGGAGACACAAGCUGUCGGAACUCUUUACGCGCUUGCCGCGAGCAGUGCCCCUCGCACGGGUAGCCAAGUACACGGCGAGGAUACCAGGCCGCUCAGGAGGGCGAAGCACCGGACACUUCCGAGGCCGGGGCGCGAGGGGUCGAGGCCCAACACGCGGCCGACUCGCCGUGACAACGAGCCACGGGCCAAGCACCGACAGCUUCAAAGGACGCCUCAGCCCACGAACGAAGGCAGCCAAUUUACCCAAGGAAAGCAUCCAAUGGGGGAGCUCCGGCACCCAGUGGGUAAAGAGGGACUACCGGAGGCAGAAGAGGGACUACCUGUACAACAAAGGCCCGAUACCCACACUGCCGGACGACUGCCACGACCCCUGGCUCGACACGGUGCGCGAGUGGGAGAAACGCCGAGGCACCAGCUCCCCACCGCGGAUCGCGGCCGCAACAGGGGAAGCCCCAAGCACAGCCCAGCAGGCCGGCGAGCAGAUAGCCACGUCCGGGUGCUCAAAGGGUGCGCAGGACCCCCGCACACCUUGGGAAGAGCAGCACUCGGGACGCAUGGGGAGUACUAGUAGUGAAGAGGAGGCGCACCUGCUGGCCACUCCCACCCGCGGCAACAGGACAGAAAGCCCGGCAUCGGGCCGACAGACUGCCUCCACCCCCGAGUCUGAGGCAAGGAACGGCGGGGUAACACCCCCAACCCCAACAAACGAAGCCGGACUCGACUCACCCCCGGCGGCCACGUCCGCGAAGAAGCGAACUCCGCCGUCCCACUCACCAAAAGAACGACCAAAACGAGUACGGCGCGCGCCAGCCCACCUCCAGGAGUACGACCUCCACAAGCUAACGUCCGACGAUGGAGAGGACGUUAUCGACCUGUACGAUGCGGACGGCGAGAAGUUCCUAGAGGGGGAGGAAGAGUGGAUGGACUGCAUGGAAUUUUGAAGGACUGCGAGGAAAAUGGACAACGAUUUUGGAAAAUGGAAAACUACAAGGGACAGGUACUUAAGGGGGGAGGUAUGCCGGGCUGCUAGCGCUGGCCGCUAGCGUUGGCGGCGGCUGCGGCCAGGGCCAGCCGGCCGGCCACCAGGGGGCGCUCGCCGGCGACCGAGCCGAUCUCGAGCGGC